CUAACAAAAAAGGCAAGCAGCAUAGCAGCAACAGCAACAGCAACAACGACACAGGGAAAGAAACACGAUACAUAAACGAUACAGUAGUACCAUAGUCGAACCAAACACAAACCGAAAAGUCUAAAACGUCGUUCGAGACAASCAUUUCAGAAAACAAAAAACAACAAGUGGAGGCAAAAUAUAUUGAUCCUAAUCUGUUUGGAAGUCCAACGGACAACCCAGUAGUAGCACACACAAGCACCAUGCAAGACAACACGACUCAAGAAAUCGAGGAUAAGCUCUCGGAGCGGCUUCUGGGACCUUCCGGCGAUGGCGAUAUGCACCACRCCGACACCMGUUCGUUCCGGAUCGAUGGGAGCCACAACGAAGAUWUUUCCGCCACCGCGAUCAUGGAAGGUGGAGAGAUCAUCGUCGGUUCMGGGGCCGGGUUCGGCGGGCAGCAGCCCCURCARCCAGAAUACCGCGACGCCCCCUUUGCCCUGGCGUUUCUGGCGCACCUGGGGUUCGUGUUCUUUGUUUCGAUGGCCUGGGGAAUUUCGGCCAUGCGCUCGUCGGAACCAAGCGGCGACGACGCAAGCAGCAGCGGCGACAGCGGCUCGGUGUUCUUCUCGGGCCUGUUGUGGAUUGCGUUCUUUACGUGCGCCGCCAGCAUCGGAAUCUCCGCUGUUUCCCUCCAGGUCAUGAUGCACCACGCCGAGACACUCAUCCAGUGCAGCCUGAUCGGCUCGUGCGUGUUUAUGGGAAUGGCGAUCGUCUUCUUCUUCGUCGAUGACGUCGUUUGGAUGGCCUUUGUCUGGAUGCUCAGCCUGUUCCUUACGGCCUGGUACGCCSGCAACGUGUGGCACACGAUUCCCUUUGCGGCCUCCAACCUCCGGACGGCCCUGUCGGCAAUCCAAACCAACGGCGGGGUCUGCGCCCUUGCGUACGGAAUUGCGAUCCUGGCAUGCGUGUGGACCGUGGUGUGGGUGCUGGCMGUGGUCGGGGUCAGCUUCAAGGAGGCUUCGUGCGUCGCCGGCGUCUGCAAGCCCGACAUCAACGCCUUUUCCGUCUUCUUUUUGAUUCUCUCCUUCUACUGGACSAUCCAGGUCUUCCAGAACGUCCUCCAYGUAACGGUCAGCGGCGUCGUGGGAACGUGGUGGUUUGCUCCGCAGGAUGCCCUGUCGGUGUUCUCUCCGGCAAUUCUCGACUCGUUCCGGCGGGCAACGACCUACAGUUUCGGAAGCAUCUGCAUGGGAAGCCUUUUGGUAGCGGUCAUCCAAUCCCUGGAGAGUCUGGCGAGAAAUGCACGCCGAAACAACCGGGGUGGAAUUCUGUUGUGCAUCAUCGAAUGYAUUCUUCGAAUGGUUUCGAGAAUCGCCGAGUACUUCAACCGAUGGGCCUAUUGUUAUAUCGGCCUCUAUGGCUUUGACUAUAUUUCUUCRGGAAAGAARGCCAUUGAAUUGUUCAAGGCACGAGGUUGGACGACCAUCAUCAUGGACAAYCURAUUUACCGKUCGCUGAGGCUGGUGGCCAUCGUGGUGGGUGCCGUUUCCGGCGUGAUCGGUAUGCUGCUGGCCAAGGCCACGGGCUGGGUGGCGACGACGCUGGGAGAGGACUCGGACGGCCAGGUCUUUAUCCUCUGCUUCCUGGUCGGCUUYUCCAUGUCCUUUAUCCUGAUGAAAGUGGUGCUGUCCGCGGUCGAUACGGUCAUUGUGGCUUUUGCCGAGGCACCGAACGAAUUCAACACGCACCACCCGGCUCUCUACAACAACAUGGUUCAGAAAUGGAGGCUGGUUUUUCCGGAGGAAUGCGGAUUUUGAUCGAGCGAGCAAUUCUAUUUUUUGUGAAGCCGCUUCGAGAACCUCURGGAGUCGAACCAAACCGCSGGGUCGUUUCUAAUCCGGGAACGAGCGUUAUCUCCACGCGCCUCCCACCUGUGAAGCACCGCCUUGUGCAUAAAMCUCACGGGGCUAU